GAUGGCGGCAUUGGAAGGAUUUCCUCGCACUCUCGUUCUCUUCCUCUGCCGAGCGGAGUGCCUGAGCAAAGCAGACGCCGUCCGCCUGUGUAGCGAGGCUUUGGCGUGGUCUUCGUCUCUCCCUCCCUGAGCUAACUAUUUCUGUCCUUGUACUUCCUCUCACUCUCUUGAGCGGCGCGUUCCGACUUCUGAGACGGCCCAUUCAUUUACUUGUUUAUUCUACUUAACGUAUUGUGCAUUUAAUUUGGUGGUGGUGGUGGACCCAGAAAUCGAAGCCGGAAGCAGUGGGGCUCUGGAUCAACGGGGGAACGGAGACACUUGAGCAGUGCAGCAAGUGUUGCUUGAGGUGUCGUUGAGAUUUUUUCGGCCAAAGAUUGGUGUUAAAAUUUUCCGAGCGGUCAAUAUUGGCUCUGGCUGUCGAGAGAUUUUAGGUUUUAGAAUCUUGGGUCUUGUAUUCAAGGCGAGGGGUCUCCUAAAAUGCGGUUGGCUUAGCUUCAACCUCCGCUGACCAUGCCGACCGGAGAUGCAACUGUCAAGAGUCCUGUGCGCGUCGCCUGUCCGGAAAAGAUGCAGUCGCCGGGCGGCAAUGACACCUAUCAGGAGCAGUGGCUUCCAGAUGGGAAGGACGCGUUCAUCUUAUGGCUUCGUGCUGAAUUUGCAGCGGCUAAUGCCAUCAUUGACUCCCUGUGCUAUCACUUGAGGUGCAUCGGCGAGCCCGGGGAGUAUGAGGUUGCAUUCGAAUGCAUUCAGCAGCGGCGGUUUCCCUGGACUCCUGUGCUCUAUAUGCAGCCGUACUUUUCCGUGGCUGACAUAAUGCAAGCUCUUCAGCAGGUUGCCAGCGGGAAGCAGACCAGGAAUGCCGAUCCACCCACCACUCCGGGAUCCUUCCCUUAUCCCAAACUGGACAGGGAGAAACGGACUCUGCAGAUUGCUGGAGGUAGACGUGGGAACAAGAGCACUGGCGCAGGGCAUGUGAAAGAUAACCAUUCCGUAGCGGUGGACUCACAGAGCCUCGACCAUGAAUCAUCUGCAUUAUCCGCUGGCGUAAAGGAGGGCUUGGAGACUUCUGGAGGCAAAGGGGGUCAGAUUGGUGGUGCAUUUAGCGGACCAAGUUUUAUCUCGUCUGAGAGCAAUGAAGGGACCGACACAGAGCGGGAACCAAGCAGUAGAGAGGUGGCAUUGGAAGUCAGUGGGAUAAACUCGGGAGAUGAGAAAGAAGGACAUCAAAAGGAUGGUGUUAAUGCUAACAGGGAGCAGAAUGAGAAGCAGAAUAGUGUUCCAGCUCCUAAGACUUUUGUGGCCCUUGAAAUCUUAGACGAGGAGGAGGUCAAUGUUGCUGAAGGACUUGAACUAUAUGAAGAGCUUUUCCAUGGUUCCGAAGUCUUGCAGCUUCUUUCAUUUGCAAAUAAGCUUAGAUCUUCUGGUCAAAGAGGGGAGCUUCAAGGACAGACAUUUCUACCUUCGAAGAGGCCCAUGAAAGGUCGGGGAAGAGAAACACUCCAGUUAGGUAUCCCGAUCAUUGACAAACCUCUAGAAGAUGACAAUGAACCUGCGACAUCCAGAGACUGCAAGACGGAGCCUAUUCCUGAUGUGUUACAAGAUAUUGUUGAUCGUCUUUUUCAACUGCAGCUGAUUAGUGUAAAACCAGAUGCUUGUAUUGUUGACUUCUUCGAUGAGGGAGACCAUUCUCACCCUCAUACAUGCCCACCAUGGUUUGGCAGACCGUUAAGCAGUCUGUUCCUGACAAAAUGUAGCAUGGUUUUUGGCAGGGUGAUAAGCAUAGAACAUCCUGGUGACUACAGGGGUUCUCUUGAGCUUUCUCUGCAGGCAGGAGCUCUACUAGUUAUGAAAGGAAAGAGUGCAGAUUUUGCUAAGCGUGCAAUUCCUUCAAUUCGAAGUCAGCGUGUUAUUGUCACUUUCACCAAGGUUCAAUCAAAGAACAUGCUAUUUGCCGAUGGGCCACACCUAUCAUCUGCAGCAGCUAGGCCAAGGGGAGCAGCAUCUCCUCGGCUCCUGAGCAUGGUUCGACAUCCAGGUCCCAAGAACUAUGGUCGAGUUCCGUCAACAGGAGUUCUGCAUGUGCCUUCUGUUAGUCCACAGCAUCUGCCCACAAAUGACAUGCAGCCGAUCUUCUUAGGUGCACCUGCGGCGCGGUCAGUGCCUUACGCACCACCUCGAAUGACUGUACCUGAGGCCAGUACUACAGGACUGCCCUCAGCUGCAGUGGAGGCCGCGCAACCUAGAAUCCCGGCUUCUGGUACUGGAGUGUUCCUUCCACCGGCUGGGACUGGUCAACCACCACUGCAACAGCUAGAAGGUGAAGUUUGAGGUGAAGCCGAUUCACCGGUGGAAGUGAAGUGUGGAACCUGCAAAUCUACAGAGUUCAUUGACUAAUGGCCUGCUACCAGAGAGAUGUGAGAGUAAAUGUAAAGAGAAUUCUGAUUCAGGAGAGAAUGUCUAGGGCAAAACCGAGGGAUUGACUGGGAAGUGGACGGAUAUGGAGAAUUUAGCCUAUCUGGGUAUGGAAGAGAGUAAAGAGGAGAUGGAUGGUGUUGGUGAGACGAAGCUCACUGGCAAAGAUAAACGGGUCAUCUAAGUGAGGGAGAACUCAAGCAUUUGCCAACGCCAUUUUUUAGCGUUUACCUAGGGGUGCUUGCAGAACGCUGUAAUCUAUGAGUUUGGGGAGCGAAAGGGAAAUUGCAUAUAUAUAUAUAUAUA